UGAGCGUAGAUGCUGUGUGUUGAUGGGAGCGUAGAUCUUAGAAGUGAUUCCUUUCCUAGACAAGGUUUCUUUUUUCUCUGUGUACUGGCGAUUGUGUUACAACUCUUUUGAUCAAGGAUUCGUCUAGAUCUAAUCUUGUCCCCUUCGGUGGAGCGCACAGCAGUGUGUGGACUGUGUGUACCGUGGAUUUCUUGCCGCCAACAAAAUGUAAACAAAAUAAUAAAAUUUGAACUGUGUGUGGACAAACAGAACUGUGAGUUGCAGGUAGACAAUUGAUUUGUGGAUUUUUCCCCAGCUCGUCAGCCUUUGAUUCACUCCUCAUUAUAAGCAGCACGAUUGUAUUGUUUGUACUGCAGCGACUAACACUGGGAUGAGAGAUAUGGAGAUGAAAAUAUAAUUAUCUGAGCCCUCAGUUUGCAGCCAUCUCCAUAAAGUGAAGCAAGGACUUUUAGUGUCUAACGUUUUAGACAAAAGAAGUCAGGUGCAGGUCCUUGUUUACACGAUGGCCCUCAGUCCGUUCAUGGUGUUCCAUCUUUUCCUGACGGAUGUGGCCUUGCAAGGUCACCCAGAAAUGCUAGAUCAGUCCGUGUACGUCACUUCCCCUAUGACAUGCGCGGCGCGCUGUCUGAGCAUUGACCUGUGUCAGGCGUUUUUCCUCAAGAAGUCUGAAGACAAGUACAGGUGUACGCCGGCAUACCGUCGCUUCGUUCGCCAGCUAGGCUACACAUUCAUCUUCUCGGAGGGUCAGCAUCUGUACCACGUGCAUGGAGACAGGUGCAAGCCAGACAGCGGCCUGUACUGGUACCCGUAUCUCCAGUUCUGCUUCAUGUUCAGUUCCCAGCAGGCCACCUACAAUGUCGCCAAGCAGGACUGUGAGGCUAAGGGCUUUCGCAUAGUUGUCCUAAACACGGACCUCAAGUACAACAUGACGAGACUUCGCAUCCUGCACUUUUCAGAUUUAAAUCAGCGGUCGUACUUCAUUGGGGCGGAGAGAAGUCCUGGUCAAAACAACUGGACAUGGGUGGAUGGAUCAGCAGCCAAGAACCUGGACUGGGCUCCAGGUCAACCAAGUGGCGUCACAGAAAAUUGCAUCGAUCUUCACUUGUAUCGUGAUUUCAGAAUCAAUGACCAGGGUUGUGAGUAUAGCCUAGGAUAUGUUUGUGAGCUACCGAAUCCAUAACAUCGUCUCACCUUCUGCAGGAUUACGUGGAGCAAUCAUCAAAUAUUUUAUACUGAACUAAGUCGACCAGGAUAAUGCGACUAUGAUCUAAAGCCAAGACUUAAUAUGCGAGGAGACAAUCGACCACCGAUGGCAGAAAUUUU